CGGCCCACCCCGAGGGGGUGACUGCGCAUGCGCGGGGUCACGAGGCCGGGCGCAAGGACCAGAGGCGCCAUCGUCAGGCGGGGGUCCCCGGAGCGGCCGGAAGAUGUCCAGUCUAGCCACCGCCACGUGCGAGUCGGGCUCCUCUGACAAGCCGGCGAAGAAGCCUCUGAAGCCGUGCUGCGCCUGCCCGGAGACCAAGAAAGUGCGGGACGCCUGCAUCAUCGAGAAGGGGGAGGAGCACUGCGGUCAGCUGAUCGAAGCGCACAAGGAGUGCAUGCGGGCCCUGGGCUUCAAAAUCUAAACGGCCGGCGGGCGGCCGCACGGUGACCCCGUCCCUCCGUCUCGCGAGCGGCUUUCCCGGAAGAGCCGGCCACUCGGCCGUUCGGGAGCGGGGAGCUGUCCCAACGCGGGAUUCCUAGCGACGAGAAGCGUCCGGAUGGGACGCGUUCGGAGCCGAAGGAUUUCGUCAGGGGGAAGGGGCCGGGGGCCGCGCGGGUCGGGGAGCGCCUCGCUCAAAUAAAACGGGUCGGAAACCUC